AUGCAGCUGUCGUCUCUGUUGGGAGUUUUGCUCGGGUUAGGGCUCGCGUUUGCGGCUCCUCAUGGCCCAGUUGCGCCUGCGAAGCUUCCCUCCAUUAGCUCGCUGGGAACGCUGCAGGCUCUCAAGUACAACAAUCUGGGCCCCGAGAAUAACGGCACUGCUGCUGUCGUGGUUCACGAUCGGCUGUCUGCAGAGGGAGCUCGCGCUCGCUGUGCCGCUAUCGGAGAAGCUCUCUUCCCGCUACAGGAUGCGCCCAAGGCCAAUCGCACUGAUAUAGAUUACCAGCUGGACUAUCUAGUCUUUGCACACGACCUACAGCCGUCCGACUCUCUCUGGAUCGGUGGUUCGAAGUCCAAAAAAGCCCGCCAAUGUCCGGCCUACUGCUACAAGCGCAAGGAAGUCGUCCUCAAACCGUGCGACGCGAAGCUGCCCGCCCUCUGCACCUCCAACGUCCCCCCCACAACCGAUCUCAACCGGGCUGCUGUCCCCUCGUCGCGUGUGUCCGUUACAUCAGAAGACUACACUAUAACCGGAUACCGCGAUGCGCGAUCGUUUCGCUUUUUGGGCAUCCCCUUUGCCAAUCCCCCGGUCAAAGACCUGCGAUUCGCCCCGCCGCAGCCGUACUCCGGGCCUAAUCGCAUCGACGCGACCCGUCUGGCGGACUCGUGUAUCCAGUCUUCGUCCGACUACGAAUCGCUUGGCACUGGAAUCUCGGAAGACUGUCUGUAUCUGAACGUAUAUACACCUGUUCUCCCCAAGAACAGCCACAGCCGGCCAGAAGGCCGCCCCAACACCGCACGACGCCCCGUCGCCGUCUACUUCUACGGCGGCGCCUUCACCUCAGGCAGCGCCAGCAUGGUCGACUACGACGGCGGCAACUUCGCCAGCCGCAGCGACGUCGUCAUCGUCACCGUCAACUACCGCGUCGGCGCCCUCGGCUGGCUCGCCACCGGCAACCUAACGACCGGCAACUACGGCACACGCGAUCAGAUACUAGCCCUUCGCUGGGUACAAUCGCACAUCGCCUCCUUCGGCGGAGACCCCUGCCAUGUCACCAUCUUCGGCCAGUCCGCCGGCGGUCAGAGCGUCGUCGCACUCCUGUCCUCCACCGCCGCGCGCGGCCUCUUCUCCGGCGCCAUCGUCCAGUCCGCCCCGCUCGACCUCCCCUGGUUCACGCGCCAAGUCUACGCCGACAUCGUCGCCCCCGAAAUCGCCAAAGCCAUCGGCUGCGACGAAGACAAGCACACCGAGUCCGAAUCCGCCCUCCUCUCCUGCCUCCGCGCCGCCCCAGCAACCAGCUACCUCGACAACUCAACCGACAUCGGCGACGCAAUCGACGCAACCUCCAAGGCCCUCGGAACCGACUACCUCCACGUCAGCAAGCUCCUCGCCUCCAUCGAGCCCCUCAUGCCCAUGAUCGACGACACCGGCUCCGGCGUCAUCGACGACCAAUUCCACAUCCUCCUCGCAAACAACGCCCUCCCUAACCGCGUCCCCACCCUCUUCACAGCCGCCACAGACGAAGCUGCCCUUUACAUCGCAGGCUCCGUCCCCAACCUCGGCGCCACCCAAACAGGCCUCAACCUCCUCCUCUCCAUCGCCUUCCCGCCCGACCUCGCCAAAGCACUCAUCAAAGAAGACGUCUUCCCCAUCAACCGCUCCGACCCAGACGGAAUCCGCAACCUCGGUGCAGACGCCCUCACCCACAGCGAGUGGUCCUGCCCGCAGUCCCACCUCCUCGACAUCGCAGCCAACAACUCCAUCUUCCCCUCCCUCUACGAGUUCCAGAUCACAAACGGCCACGUCCAGUCAACAGACGAUACCCCCGAAGUCUGCUCCCCAAACGACAACUUCAACGCGACCUGCCACACGGCGGAUGUUCUCCCCGUCUGGGGAACCCUCAACUCCAAGACCCACAGCGUCGACCCUUACUAUGACGUCCGCGAUAUCCUGCACUCGCAGCUCCUGCAUGAUGUCUUUGGCGCGUUCCUCAGAACGCGGAACCCGAACCCUGAUCCUCAAUUCCUCCGUAUUCGUGGACCUGCUUACGCUGCUACCCAUGCUGUCUAUGGCGCUAGCGAUAACACACCCUACUCCGUCCCGGAGUAUACAGCCGGCGCGAAAACCGUCAGUCUGCUAGGGUGGGACCCCUCGUCGGCCGAGAACCCCGGCCGUACGGAGAAGUGUCGUGUGUUUAGGGAGUAUGGGUUUACGUUUGAGAAUGCGGAGUAUACUGGUUGA